AGUUGCUGAGCCAUGGAGCCCACCGCACCUGACUUACAUCUCGUGCCGGAGACGGCAAAGGAUGUCCACGUCCCUGCUCCGGACUCUGGCUGCUGCCGAACGGCGGUCACCGCGGUUGUGGCCAUCAGUGUGGUCGUCCUCGCCCUGGGAGUCCUUCUGGGCUUCCUCUCCGAGCAGGGGGUGCACGUGGAGCACACGGCACAGCUCCACGGGAUCCGCUUCACCAGCUCGCUUCGGCAGGAGGCCUCCGACUACUACCGCCUGCUCACAGCUGCUCUGCAGACACUGUUUGUGAGCAGUUUCCGAAAAACAGAGUUAGAAUCGAGCUGCAUGGGCUGCACUGUGCUCAGUUACAGGGACGGGAACUCUAGCGUGUUUGUGCAUUUCCGGCUCCACUUCCUGCUGCGAGCGCUCCAGCCACUGAGCCUGGACCAAGAGGAAGACAUCCUGCAGAAAGGCCUCCAGGCAAGGCUGGGGGAACACGGUCUUCCCCUGGCUGCCUACGGCACCAUCGUGUCAGUGGAGCUGACAGGAAGGUGUGAAGGUCCGGUGACCCAGAGGGACUUAAAGUCAGGCCGCUGCCCCGAGAACGCCUUCUCCUGUGCUAACAGUCAGUGUGUGAGCAAAGAGAACCCCGAGUGUGACAACAGGGUGGACUGCUCCGACGGGUCCGACGAGGCUCAGUGCGACUGCGGCUGGCAGCCUGCCUGGAGGUCAGCGGGCAGGAUCGUGGGUGGCGUGGAGGCGGCGCCCGGCGAGUUCCCCUGGCAGGUCAGCCUUCGCGAGAACCAUGAGCACUUCUGCGGGGCCACCAUCAUCGGGGCCAGGUGGCUGGUGUCCGCCGCCCACUGCUUCAACGAAUUCCAGGACCCCGCGCAGUGGGCGGCCCAGGCCGGCAGCGUGCACCUGAGCGGCUCGGAGGCCAGCGCCGUGCGCGCACGCGUGCUCCGCAUCUCCAAGCACCCGGCCUACGACGCGGACACCGCGGACUUCGACGUGGCGGUGCUGGAGCUGGCUCGCCCGCUGCCCUUCGGCCGCUACGUGCAGCCCGCCUGUCUGCCGGCCGCCACGCACGUCUUCCCGCCGCGCAGGAAGUGCCUGAUCUCGGGCUGGGGCUACCUGAAGGAGGACUUCCUGGUCAAGCCUGAGGUCCUCCAGAAGGCCACGGUGGAGCUGCUGGAGCAGAGCCUGUGCGCCAGCCUGUACGGCCACUCGCUCACCGACAGGAUGCUGUGCGCCGGCUACCUGGACGGGAAGGUGGACUCGUGCCAGGGCGACUCGGGGGGACCCCUGGUCUGCGAGGAGCCUUCCGGGAGGUUCUUCCUGGCCGGCAUCGUGAGCUGGGGCAUCGGCUGUGCGGAAGCGCGGCGGCCGGGCGUCUACACCCGCGUCACCCGGCUGCGGGACUGGAUCCUGGAGGUGACGCGCGCGGCUCCCACCGCGGCCCCCGUGGUCCCCACCGCGGCCCCCGCGCCCCUCGCCCCGGGCCCUCCCCGGCCCACCAGCCCUGACAGCUCGCUGCCCGGCACCUCGGCCAGACCCACGGCGGCGCCCAGCACGGCACCGCGACACCCCAGCACGGCGGCCAAGCCACAAGAGUGUGGGGCCAGGCCUGCGAUGGACAAGCCCACUCGGAUUGUGGGUGGGCUCGGCGCCGUGCCUGGGGAGGUGCCCUGGCAGGCCAGCCUGAAGGAAGGAUCCAGACACUUCUGCGGAGCCACGGUGGUGGGUGACCGCUGGCUGCUGUCCGCCGCUCACUGUUUCAACCACACCAAGGCAGAACAGGUGCAGGCGCACCUGGGCACCGCGUCCCUGCUGGGUGUCGGCGGGAGCCCCAUCAAGCUGGGGCUGCGAAGGGUGGUUCUGCAUCCCCGCUACAACCCAGGCAUCCUGGACUUUGACGUGGCCUUGCUGGAGCUGGCCCGGCCGCUGCUCUUCAACAAGUACAUCCAGCCCAUCUGUCUCCCCUUGGCCAUCCACAAGUUCCCCGUGGGCCGCAAGUGCGUGAUCUCAGGCUGGGGCAACACGCAGGAGGGAAAUGCCACCAAGCCUGAUAUCCUGCAGAAGGCGUCCGUGGGCAUCAUAGAGCAGAAGAUGUGUGGUGCCCUGUACAACUUCUCCCUCACGGACCGCAUGCUGUGCGCCGGCUUCCUGGAGGGCAAGGUUGACUCCUGCCAGGGCGACUCUGGUGGCCCGCUGGCAUGUGAGGAGACACCAGGUGUCUUCUACCUGGCGGGCAUCGUGAGCUGGGGCAUCGGCUGCGCGCAGGCGAAGAAGCCGGGCGUUUAUGCCCGCGUCACUCGCCUCAAGGACUGGAUCCUGAAGGCCAUGUCCUCAGGCCCCGGCUCCACGCCCCGCCCCCACACCUCCAGCACACGGCUUAUCCCUAACCAGCCCCCCAGAACCACGGCUGCUGGCCUCACUGCCCAAGAGGCCACCGCCAGACCGGCAACCCCCAGGGCCACCAGCGGGGUGACCACAAGACCGCUCAACAGGACGCUGCCUGCCAGGAGCACCACCAGGGGACAGACACCAGCCCCCAGUGCCCCAGGCACCACCGCGCAUCCCCAGCUGCCAGACUGUGGCCUGGCGCCCCCGGGGGCGCUGACCCGGAUCGUGGGUGGCAGCGCGGCCUCGCGCGGGGAGUGGCCCUGGCAGGUGAGCCUGUGGCUGCGGAGCAGAGAGCACCGCUGUGGGGCCGUGCUGGUGGCCGAGAGGUGGCUUCUGUCCGCCGCGCACUGCUUCGACAUCUACGGGGACCCUAUGCAGUGGGCAGCCUUCCUGGGCACCCCGUUCCUGAGCGGCGCCGAGGGCCAGCUGGAGCGGGUGGCACGCAUCUACCGCCACCCGUUCUACAACCUCUACACGCUGGACUACGACGUGGCGCUGCUGGAGCUGGCGGGUCCCGUGCGCCGCAGCCGCCUCGUGCGACCCAUCUGCCUGCCGGGGCCCGCGCGGCCCCCCGAAGGCGCGCGCUGCGUCAUCACCGGCUGGGGCUCGCUGCGGGAGGGAGGCUCCAUGGCCCAGCAGCUGCAGAAGGCGGCCGUGCGCGUCCUCAGCGAGCAGACGUGUCGCCGCUUCUACCCGGUGCAGAUCAGCAGCCGCAUGCUGUGCGCGGGCUUCCCGCAGGGCGGCGUGGACAGCUGCUCGGGUGACGCAGGGGGGCCCCUGGCCUGCAGGGAGCCAUCUGGCCAGUGGGUGCUAACUGGGGUCACCAGUUGGGGCUAUGGCUGCGGCAGGCCGCACUUCCCAGGCGUCUACACUCGAGUGGCCGCUGUGCUGGGAUGGAUAGGCCAGAACAUCCUGGAGUGAGCACCGCGCGCGCGGCCGGCGACCCAGCCCGGAGGGGAGUGGGAUGGGAACGGCGCCGCGGCCGUGUACACUGUUCCAAUAAACAGAGUUCCUGUCCCA